CAGUCGUGACGGGCUGUACUCGUUGUUCUGCACUUGCCCCGCUCGCUGCGGCUCCUGCUUGACCUUGGGCCGACGGCUAGCCGGCGCGGGCCCCCGGGCGCACAGGAGCAUGACUGGCCCGGCCAACGAAAAUCUUGCGUCUUCCGGCCUACGCGAUGGUGUUCGACGCGGGCUCGACGCACACCACAAUGGUGGUCUACAAGUGGCAGGCCAACAAGUUCAACGGCACGGGGGUGGUGUCGCAGGUCGCCUCGUGCGACAUGAGUGGAGGCAUCGGUGUGGUCCUGCGCGCAGACCCGCGCGCGGCCGCGGACGGCUACUUCAGGGACUGCGUGGCCGCGGGGCUCGACAGCGUCCCCGAGGGAAGGCGUGGCCACAGCCCCGUGACCCUGGCCGCCACCGCAGGCAUGCGGCUCCUGCGGAGUGAGAGCCCGGACGAGGCGCAGCAGGUGCUGGGCAACGUGUCUCGGGCUCUGGAGCGGGCCGCGACCGGGAUGUUGUUCAGCGUCAACAGUGUCAGGAUAAUUACGGGACAGGAGGAGGCGGUGGCUGGCUGGAUCUCGGCCAACUACCUGUUGAAGACCAUCUUCCCAAAGCCGACCAAGCUCGUGGGGAUGCUGGACAUGGGUGGUGCAUCUACGCAGAUAACUUUCCUGCACCACAACAACCAGUCCGCGCCCCAGUCCGCCUCUGUGUACGACACGUCGCUGCAGCUGUACGGCGCACGCCACGAGCUCUACGCGCGCAGCUACAUGUGCUACGGUCAAGAGCAGCUGCUUAAUCGUUACCUAGUGGUGUUGGUUCAGGAUCACUUCCCUAGGGACACGGACAGCCUAAGAACUCUCCGGGUUGGCAGCCCCUGCCAUAACGCAGGAUUCAACUACUCGGUCGGCUACAACGACUACGUGAAUGUGUGCUCAGAGACCAGCUAUACAAACAAGUUUAGGAAUGUUACAGUUAAGGUAGAAGGAGAAAGUAACCCAGAUCAAUGCAAACAAAGGAUCCAGUCUUUGCUCAAUCCGGAUGACUGCAAUGCAACUUUCAGCAACAAAGAAUGUUUUGCUGUUCCCACAAACCACCCUCCUGACACUAAUUUUGUGGCUGUUUCCGGGUUUUAUUACGUUAUGCAAUACCUGGAGUUUGCCAAGAAACAUCCUCCCCUUAAGGACUUUUUAGUUGCUACCAAGAAAAGCUGCAGCAGAACUUGGGAACAAACUGUUUCAACUCUACCAGGUGUCAAGGAAGAAUAUGCAUCAAAAGUGUGCUUCAAUGCUCAGUAUCAGGCAAAUUUGUUGGUUGAUGGGUAUGGCAUUAAAGAAAACACUUGGCAAAAUAUUGACUUUCUGAAAAAGGUCAACAACACCAGUGUAGGAUGGACACUAGGCUUCACAAUACAAAGUACCAAUGCUUUUCCAGAGGAGCAAGCUGAAGAACCUUUCUCUGCAACUAUUUUUGUGUCACUUAUGUUUAUCAUUGCAGUUGGUAUAGGUGUGUGUUUAACUUUAACUGUUAUCAAUCUCAUAAAACAUUGCUGUAAGAAAAAUCAAAUCAGUGUAAAAUAAAACUUUCUUUUUCAAGUUA